AUGGAUUCCACUACACUACCGUUAUUCCCCACGACAUGCUCAUCUGUUUGCGCCAAUUUAUUGAUUGAUCAGAGCUCUGACGUCACGGAAGAUCAAUUAUCGAUUGCCUUCAAACACCUCAAAGUUCUUUAUGGCUUCCUUCAUAUCAUAGACACAAAUUUCUCAAAUAUCAAAUUUCUUUCCGGACUGGAAACUGUGGAAUGCUACAGUACACCAGAGAAUGAGAAAUCUCCUCCUGACAGUAUGAAUAUGGAAGUGUUGGUUAUUGAGGAUAACCAGUAUCUUACUGAAAUCGGAAUGACCAAUUUUACAUCAACAUCGUGUGCACUGAAAAUCUGGAAUCCUGCCAAAUUCAGCAGAUUGAAUGUUCCAAAUUUGAAGAACUUCUACACCAUCGAGAACUCCACCACCACCGAAAUCAAACAUAGGCUCUACGGUUCUCCAGAUUUUUGUCUGACAAUCGGGGAAAUCACUCACUUCGUCAACAGCCAAAUAUCUCACCUCUCUUUCAAAGCAGUUCCAUGCAAACUCUCUGAGACUAGCGGUAUCUCAUCGAUCGACGGAGAGAAGAUUUGUGAAAUCGAAAAAUUCAGUCUCCAAACUUUUGACACCUCCUGUCAACGGGUGUCUGGACACAUUGUUAUCGGUCCAGGCGAUGAGAAAUUCGUGUGGAAAAUGGAGAAUGUCACAUGGAUCUAUGGAACGAUUCUGGUGAAACUGACAAAUCUCACUGAUAUUGACUGUUUUGGGAGUCUGGAGUAUGUAAUUCACGGUUGGGAUAUUCCAGCCGGUGCUACUAUAACUAUCCGAUACAACGCGAAUCUUCUCACCGCUCGUUUCCCACGUUUGAAGCGGAUAGUUGGACACGUUGAAAUCAUGGAAAAUAACAAAAAUAUGAUAAUUGAUCACAGUUUAUGCUAUGGAGUGAAUUAUACGGAAAAGAAUCAAAUGUUUUUCCCAACGGACUGUGGUGAGGGACAUUUUGCAACCGUGCCGUUUUGA